UAUAACAAAUCAAAUAUACUUUAUAGGUAUACUUCUUGGUUCCAGCAAUAAAAACAACAAAAAGAACCCAUGGAGCUUAAUAUUUUUUUCAUUUUUAUUCAAGUGAUAUUCACAAUUAUUAGUCCAGCAUCGUCUGCUAAUUUUAAGCUACUUUCAAGUUCUCCAAUCGGCCCUUACCGUAUGGUCUUUAAACAAGUUUAUAUUUGCAAUCCAGCAGAUCACUAUAAGAUUCAGAUGAACUGGCAUUUAAGUCACGGGGACAAUAAAACAAUGCUUCUAGGAAAUACAACUCUUAAAGUACCUUUUGAUGACAAUUUAUCCUUAGAGAUGAAAAUGGCUUACAAAGAUUCAUACGGAAUGUGGAGAGAAAAUGCAUUCAUGCAUAAAACACUAAAUGCUUGCACUUCGACUAAAUUAUUAUUAGGAAGCGUUUGGACUACAUUCGUAAAUGGUUUUGGAAGUCAAAAUACUAAUUGCCCAAUACUUCCGGGUACUUAUAUAUCUCCAGGUAUGAAUCCGUCAAUUUUUGAGAAGAGCAAUUUCGCAAAAGAAUUAAUUUAUGGAACAUAUAAAAUUCAUAUUAUAUUCAAUUCACGUAAAAAUGAGAUUUUUGGAUGUGUAGUUUUCAUUGUAGAAAUUAAGCGUCUAUGA